AUGGCCGACAUCGAGCUCUUGGGCGUGCGGGACGUUAGCAAGGACUACCUGCUCGAGUUUUUGAACAGUGCAUGGUGGUCAUUCCUCGGUGAUGCGGGUUUCGAGCAGGAGGACAUUCGUCCACAGGACGACCCUCUGAAGGAGUGCAUCUUCGCUGCGAAUUCGGAUGGUCCAGUGACGCUCCGAUUCUGCACUCCCGAAGCUGCAUCUUUAGCUCUUUCCUUGAAUGGUCUCCAGUACUGCGGCCGUGUGCUGCAGUUCCGGAGGCGUCCAGGGGCCCCUCCGGGUCCCAUUCCUUUGCAGGGUUUCAAAGUUCAAGUUGAAGAUCUGCAGAAGAUUCUGGGCUUCCAAAAGGAAGCCUUUGCCAUGCCACAGGGCUGGCAGGAGACGAUUUGGACUGGCGACGGUGUCCUGCAACCGCUGGACAGCUGGGCAGAGACACUACCAAGAAGUCAUUACGAUGUCUUGGGCAUAGACCGACAGGCCUCCAAAGAUGAGAUCCUGAAAGGCUUCCGCAGGCAAAGUGCCGCAGCCACGGACUUAGGCAAGCUCAAACAGGCUCUGAAGACUCUGAUCUCGGAAGACCGGAAGACAAUCUACGACCACACUGCAGAGCAAUUUGUUUGGGACGCCAUUCGUGCAGCAAGGCACGAUCGCUUUCAGCCAGCUUGCUUCGUGGUCCGCAACUAUGAUCGCCUUCGCAAAGGCUUUGUCCGGCGUAUCCAGGUGCUUCCGCGACACAGUUCACAUUUGCGGAGGGAAAAGAAAGCCAUCGUGGCCAGAUGCCGAGGAGCGGACGUCUGCAUCGUGGCAUCCGAACCGCAGACCAGCCACCUGCCCUCGGAAGUUUGGGUCUCAGGCGAAAGCCAGCAAAUCGAAGAGCUUCAAAGGCUCGUGCAUAAGGCCGGAGAAGAGGCCGAUGGUCUUCGGGCCACUGCCAACAGUGCCAUCUUGACUGUACCCAAGCCGCUCUUGGACAAGGUCCCCAAAGAGGGAGCGGAGAGGGACAACUUCGUGGAGUCCAUCAGAAACGCAACCGGGCUAUCUCUGACUAUCGUGGAGGAUCGUCUCAUCUUGGCCGGAGGGUCGGGACCGCAAGCGCUGGCCCAGGCCAUAGCGGCCGUCCAGGAGAAGGUGAUUUGGAGGGCAAGUGUGCAGACCGACCACGGCACGUACCAAGCCUGGGAGUAUGCUAUUUGGGCGGAAAGGCGUGGGAUAUCUGUUGUCCCAACGCGUGAACCCGACCGGGAGGAAGCGUGGCACGUGCUCUCGGAAUUUCAGCAGCAAUUGCAGCUGCCGGCACAAACCGACUUUCCGAACUUGGUCGUGGUGGUCCUUAAAUCCUUGCUCGACCGGGACGUCAGCAAUACCGUCAUCAAGAUUUUGACAUCCAAAGUGAUCGUUUACGAGGUCAAGCAAGCCAAAGAGGUUCGCACAAAAAUCACCUGCUUGAUGAUGCGCCUUUGGACAGGAAAGCGGCUGGUGCAGUCACUCGGCGACUUCAGCUCCGAUCCUCUCCUGAUCACUUUGUGGAAACUUGCCACCAUUCUCGGCGGCAUGCCGUUGCCACAGCUGCUGAUGGCCCCUGUGCCUGGACAAGUCCUUCUAGUGCUUCGCCGGGCUUGGAGCCAAGUUCCGGACAAGAAGGCCUGGCUGCCAUGGAGUACGCUGCUCCCGUUGAUGAGCGACUACAUCCAUCUGCUGCUCCAGCAAGGCGCUCAGGAAGGACAGGUCCAAAUGCAAGCGGAGUGGAAGAGCGACCCGCAUGUCGCCGCUUAUGUUUCAGAAUACAUCGCCUUCCACGAGUUUAAAAUUGCGGAGGAGGGUGUCCGGGCAAUUUCCAAGGCUUGGCGCAGUGUCACUCUCCAGCCUAUGCAGAGUGCACCUCAGGUGGUGCCGCCGCCUCAGCCAGCACCCCCACCUCAACCACCUGAGCCCGUGGCCAAGCCGCCCCCACCGCCAGAGCCAGAGCCUUCGAUGUCGGUCGACGAGCAGGCGGAGAGUGAGCCAGCGCCGGCAAAGCCGAAACCGAAAGCCAGACCCAGACGGAUGGCCGGCACAGACGGUAAGGACAAUAGUAACAACCAAAAGCGAAGUGGUACCGAGCAGCAUGAGGAUGCCCCCGCUUCGAAGAAGCCGGCAACCAGUCCUACUGUAACUCUGAAGCCUGCCGCUACAUCUCCUGUGACUUUGAAGCCGGCUUCUGUUGUUGCUCCCCCAGCUCCGAAGAACCCGGCGAGCAGCUCUACACCAGCUGCCAGUCCCACGAGCUCUGGUGGCCCACAGGAUUUCGAAGAGUGGCUCAAUGGUUUCGACGAGGGCAAAGGCAAGUUCAAAAGCCUCUACCUCAAAAAUCUCAAGGAGCAGUUCUUCGAAAUGUCGCAGCUCAAGGACUGCCUCGAAGGCCUCUGCAACUUCCAGGAUCCCACCAAGAAGGUCAGCGUAAGUGAUGUGGACGGUGAGUUCUGGAACUCCCUCGAGAUCAAGACCAUGGGCCACAAAAUUGUGUGGCUGAAGCAGCUGGAGAAGCUUUCAAAGUCGUCUUGA